AUGGCCAAGAGCAAGAGCGCAAAGCCGGCCGCUAAGGUCACGAAGGCCAAACCCGACUCGGAAUCUAAGAACUACCCCAAGGCUCCCGCCGCGCUUCUCGAUCUCGUCAGCAACUUCCUAGUCGAGUACGGCUUCGAAAAGGCCGCCAAACAUUUUCAGUCUGAGGCUACGCAGCGCGAUUCCGCAUGGAAGGGCGCUGCUAAGGGCAAGCCUAAUCUUGCCGACAUGUUGGAGGAAUGGGAGGAGGACCGGGAAAUCGACAAUGAGAUCGAGGCAGAGAAAGGCAAGGAAGAGUCAGACAGCAGCGAGAGUGAGAGCUCGGAUGAUAGCGCAAGCGACAGCGACAGCGAGGAUGAGCCGCCGAAGAAGAAGGCAAAGAAAGAGGCCGACUCUCCGCAGAGCAGUGACGACUCUUCCUCAAGCUCUGAUGCAGAGAGCUCGGACAGUGAUUCGGACAGCGGCUCCGAAUCUGAUGCCGAAUCCGAGGCUUCUGCUUCGAGCUCUAGUAGCUCCUCUUCGUCAUCGUCUAGUUCCUCUAGCUCCUCCAGCUCCUCCAGCUCCUCCAGCAGCUCUUCGGCUAGCGCUAAGAAGAGCUCCUCCUCCUCUUCUUCCGACUCUGAUAGCGACUCAUCCUCAUCUUCAUCCUCGUCUUCAGAUUCAGAUUCCGACUCCGACGCCAAGAAGAAGAAGAGCAAGAAGACUGCAAAGGGAAAGAAGGCGAAGGACGCCAAAGAGGAGAGCAGUGCGACUUCCAGCAGUGGCAGCGACACUAUAGGCAGCAACUCGCCUGCGCCGAAUGCAACUCCUGGUAGCAAGCGUAAACGAGACGAGUCCACCACCGACACUCCCAGCAACGUCGUUUCCGGCACGAGCACUCCCAGCGGCGAGGACGGCAAUAAGCGAGCAAAGAAGUCGAACGUGCCGUUCAGCCGCAUCCCCAAGGACCAAUUCGUUGACCCCCGGUUUUCCAGCAAUGCUUUUGUGCCCUACGACUAUGCCCAGCGCGCCCACGAGAAGCUGAUCGUCACCAAGGGCAAGGGUUUCACUAAGGAAAAGAACAAGGGAAAGAGAGGUAGCUACCGCGGCGGCCUUAUCGAUACUCACGCAGUGAACGGUAUCAGAUUCGAUGAUUAG